AUGCACGAUCACCACCCGCCACGACCCGCUCGUCACACUGCAUCCCCUGAAGAGACACAUUCACGGAGCUCAACUAUGGCCCCUUCGUACUCGAGAUUAUCACCGUCUAGGCAACAUUCAGAAGAGUCCUGGAUCGAUAUCACCUCAAGACCAUCCUCAUCAUCUCUGUCCUCCGCUACUGACGAGAUCAUCACGACGGGUCUUACGGUCCAACAUGACUCAAACUUGCACAGAAGAAACAGGCGUUCGCGCGGUGGUCACUUUCAUAUAGGCACUGGUCACCGUGUGGCGAGCACCGGUGGAGGCAACAGUAGUCAGGAGGAAUAUGAUGAAAGCGAGAGCGAAUCGGACAGAGUCAUGACGUCCUCGAACGAGCAUAUAGGGCCUUCUCCUCUGAGGCAGGAAAUGCACCACAGCCCUCGUGUGCUACAUUCGGUUGCAUCCUCUGAUACCAUGUCAGAAAGGGAGGAAGAGGACGAUGAUGAAGACGAAAAUGCGACUGCGGUCAACUACCCCAGGUCCACCGGUCGGCAUUUCCAGCCCCGUCCCAAUGCAUUCUCGCACCCAAGCUCUGAGCACAUUGUGCGCUCACAGUCGGGCACGGUCUACACGCCCCGAAGGCCCACAAGACCAGGCUCUCAACGACAACACUCAUAUCCACAGCACUCCCCCUACAACGUCAUCUCACCCAGUCACCAAGCUGAUCACGACGAGGCACUGCGAGCUAGUCUUUCCACACUCCUCUCUGCUGCAGCUGCAGUUAGAGGCCUUCCCAAGCCUGGUCAUUCUCGUGCCGCACAGGGUGCAACAACCGGCCGCAUCGAUCCCUCAUCUCUCCGCAUGGUGCCUGAGUCAGUAGCGUUGGGCGAGAUCAUCGAAGAAACAAGCAACGGGUCGUCUUCUCGUGCCACGAGCAGCAGUCCUUCCGACAAAUCCAAACGCAAAGCCAGCCCAGCUGUUGCAGGGGCACGAAGUAGCAGCAGAGACCGCCAUGCCGCAAAGAAGGUACGCAAGCAGAGUGCUCUGAUCGAGGAGAUUAGCCCAACGCUGUUCACAUGGGUUGUCAGUGCCGGCGUGGUCGUCCUCGUGAGCGCUCUCAGCUUCUCUGCAGGAUACGUUGUUGGCAACGAAGCUGGCUACGCCGAAGCCAUGGGUCAGGUGGGUGCUGCUGGCACCGAAGCUGGAAGCUGUGGUAAAGAAGCCGUACGAGGCACUGGCCUGGGUUUGCGCAGACUCCGCUGGACUGGAGGCGCAGUUGUUCGCGUCUGA